AUGUCUAGUGCAACAGUUCACCUUAGUGUUUCUGAAGAUUGGAAACUUUGGUACAAGCAUAUGCUAGAAUAUGCAAAGAACAAGAAGGUAUCAGACUUCAUCAAUCUUGAUAAACCUGAUAUCUUCUCUGAACUAGAAGAACCUCUGAAACCCGAGUGUUCAGAAGAAGUCACUGCAGAGGUCAAGAUAGUAUAUAACAUCAAGAUCACUGUGUGA